AUGGCAGCACGGUCCGUGAUCCUCGCGCUGGCUGCGAGCGCAUGCGUCUGGCUGUUCCUGGGCCAGCUGAGCUUUGUGAACUCGCCCGUCGCGAAUCGCGAGAUCAAUGUGGCUGCAGCUGCGGCGGUGAAGUACGAAACGGAUAUGCCUGCUGAGAACGGCAUCUACCCCGUGGGCAACGCCAAGCGGACGGCACCCUAUGGCGAGCGCGACCCCCUGCCGGAGGGUUACGGCAUCCGCACUGGCCUGUCGGACUUGCUGAAGCCCCUGAAUGCGGAGGCAGGCGUUGUUGCGAAGGAGGACAGCAUCCCGACCGUCUUGGUCAUGGUGACUGGCAUCGUCCUGCUUUUCCUGUUCUACUUGCUGCUGUUGCUCCUCGACAACCAGUCCGUUCUGCUGCCGCCGGAGGAUGAGUUCGACGAGUACGUGCAGAACUUCCUCCCCUACUUCUUCUUCGGCGAGAAGUAA